AUAGAUGCCUACGUCCACUUGCUGACUACAACACUACAACCACCAACAUCUGGACCAUCCUUUUCAUUGGGAAUAGAAGAUUCCCAACAAGAUAUGCCGUUUGUCUUCAACAGCUUUUCAUCAACCUUCCUUGGAGGUGAUCAAAACUCAGCUAACAGAGCACUUGAUGUCAUCCGCUCAAAGAUUUUGAACACCAGAACAAUUCUUAUCCCAAUAUUUGGUUCAAACCAUUAUACUUUGCUUGAGCUAGACACCAUUGACCAAGAAUGGAGGUUCUACAACUCCAUCCACAGACAAGGGAGAAGAGAUAAAUACUGUGAAGCAACUGCCAAUCUGAGAAAGAAUGUCACGAACUACAUCAACCAACAAUGCAAGAAGAAGAUUAAAACCUCUGCAAAGCUCGUGGACGAUGCACCACAACAAGAACCAGGCUUGUAAGUAUCCUUCAACUACCAAAACUCGUCACUGCAUCUUAUAUAAGCCCCUAACAUUAGUCUUGUAUUCACAGGGUUGAUUGUGCAGUUGUUGUUGCCUACAUCAUUCGCCAAAAGCUAAUGAAAAAACCAAUUCAAAAUGACCUUACAAAGCAACAAUGCCUUCAAAUGAGAGCUGAUAUUGUGCAAGCAUUUGUCAGUGACCCGAAGAGAUCAUGGACUCCAAAGAUCUAUCAUAAUAGGAUGGAAAAUCUCAGACUGCAAAAAUAUUAUGACGACUAGGAGCUUCUUGAAGAGAAGAAAAAAAAGGCAUAGAUUCAACUUACUCAUCAAAGUUGGUAGUGGUGUUGUUCAUCAGUUGUAUAGUGGUUAAUGAGUUGUUUAGUUU